UUACGAAUCCUCUUGUGUUUGCAACAUCGAUUGUUAAAACUCCCCGCAAGUAAAUUGAGGCAAGCCAUUUUCAGUCUUCUCUUAUCGAGCUCAACAUCAGGUCACUGAACAAACUUUGAACAAUGUCAACUAAAGUUUUAAUGGUUGCCGUGCUGAUAAAACUGCUUUGUGCUAUAGAAUGUUCGAGUAAUUCUUCGAUCAUCGAACAGUGGGAAGUUCUGAUGUCUAUUUACAAUUCUACUAAUGGCGAACAAUGGUUGAAGAAAGACUUUUGGAACUGCAGCGGAAAUCAAGUAAACUGUCGUUACUGUUUCUGGUACGGCAUCACAUGCGACCUCUAUUCUAAUGUUACGGCUAUUGUUCUAAUGGAUAAUAAUUUAACUGGAUCUCUCCCACCUAUGUUAUGGAAAUUGAGACAUUUGGAAAAACUUGUUCUGAAAUCUAACAAGAAUUUAGGUGGAAAACUAGAAGAUUUCAUCUAUGGAAACAUGACGAAAUUGAAAGUAAUUGACUUGUCGUUUUGCGGUUUUGAAGGCGCAAUACCCGAAGAAAUAUCUUUGUUGACAAAUCUCGAGGAACUGCGGCUUUGCAGUCAGCGUGGCACGCGAAAACUAAAUGGUUCGAUACCUCGAGGCAUAGCUAAAUUAACCAAGCUCCGUGUCCUUGGUCUUGGAGAAAACACCUUAACCGUUCCUUCGCCGUCACGGCUAUUUGGUGGUCUAACAAAACUAGAGGUACUCGAUCUUGAAGAUGUAACUAUUAAAUCAACAUUUGAUGUCUUUUGUAACUUGACUGGUGUAAAGUCUAUGAACUUGUCGAAAACUGGACUUCAUGGUGAGUUGCCUCUAAAUCUUGGGAAACGUUUUCCAAAGAUGGAGGAGUUGUUGUUACCAGGAAACUAUUUGAGUGGUUCCAUACCUAACAGCAUUGGAAUGAUAACAAAUCUUACAAGACUAAGCUUGGCCAAUAAUAACCUUUCUGGUGUUAUCCCAGGCAACAUUACUCUUGCAACUAAAUUAUCAUUCAUUGACCUUACGGUAAACAACCUCUCGUCUAUUCACAAUGAAUCUCUUUUGCUCUCACAUGAUCUAGAAAUCCUUUUGUUGUCGGAUAAUCCAAACCUCAAUGUCAGUUUUGCACAGUUCUUGCAGAGCCCGGACACGAAAACCAACUCGGGUCCAGCCAAGCUGAAAGUUCUUAUCAUUAGUAAUUGUAGUUUUUAUGGCAAAAUUCCGAAAUCAAUCUGGUCGUUUGGGAACUUGAUUUACGUGAAUGCUCGAUACAACAAGCUAAGCGGUUAUCUCCCCGAGGUACUGGCUCCAAUGUACACUCUUCUUCACUUUGAUGUCUCUCACAAUCAUCUGGAAGGACCAAUACCGUCGACUCUAACAAGGAUCGAAUCUCUACAUCGUCUCGACAUCCGAGGAAACCACAAAAUGACUGCAUGUAGUGAAUGUAAAAACUACACGUGUUGUAAGGCAGUAAUUAAACAACAUGGUCUAAAGAUUGACUUCAAAUACAUGCUGCAUAAAUCUCAUGCCGGUAAUUUCAGUUGUCCUAUGGCUUUUCUCAGGGUAACCAAUGGUCCAGUGUAUCUAGAUGCAAGGUAUUAUGAAUAUAUGUUCUGUAAAUGUGACCCAGGUUAUUACGGUGAAGGAAGAACAUGUCGAAGAUGUAUGAAGGGCGGGAAAUGUGUUGACACCGACAGGCACCACAUGAUCAUCCGCAAAGGAUAUUGGCCUGAGCCAGGCCCUAAAAAUGUCACUCAUUUACACAUUUGUGACGACAAGGAGGAUUUUUUCACCGGGGGCAGACGUUUAACGGCAUGUAAUCCUAGUGGUAAUUGUAGCUGUCAUCUCACAACCUCAAGUAGUAGUACACUAACUACAUGUAGCAAUACGUGCUUGUGUAGGAAAGGAAGCAUUGAUAGACUUUGUUCUCGUUGUCAGAAGAGAUGGUACAAGUCUGGUAGCAUCUGCCGGGAAUGUCCCUCCCACCACCACGCCACUUACAUCUUCAUUGGUGUACUUGUUGUAACUCUUCUCAUCUUUGCCGCAGCUUUACUUUAUUUGAAAAACCGUCCAAGACUCGGUAUACUUGUCAUCUACGGACAAAUCAUAAUUUUAUUCUUUCUUCGUUUUUUUAACGUGAUUCCAGCCUGGGUAUUUGAAAUCAAUGUUAUCAUUCUACUCUUCUACCUUGCUGGGAUAGGUAGUUCAAUGAAAGGUCUCCUAAAGAUUGCCGUAUUUUACCUUCAAAUCCUUGAUGCAAUGUUGUCUACAUACAAGAUGUGGCCCAAAGAAAUAUUACAAUCCCAACAUUACAUCAGCUCCCUAAUCAACUUCAAUUUUCCAGGCCUAAUGUGUGAUAUUCCAGAUCUCUAUACCCCAACUGGUCAAUUCAAAUUACUCAUCCUUCUUCCAGUCGUAUGUAUUUUCAUUGCAUGGCUUUUUUAUUGUCUUGUGUGGAUAGCCGAUAGAAUAAGAGCAACUCGCUGGAACGUUCUGUCGAUUAAGUAUCACUGCCUACAGAUCUCCGUCACAUGUCUGAACCUUACCUACUUCCCUAUAGGUCUACGAUCUAUUGCUGUUCUUGCCAGCUGUCGAGACCAUUCGUCACACAUGCGCAUCGCUCCAUGGAUACCGUGCAAUAGUCCAACCAACAGUUUCCUUCGGACACUUGCUUGGCUGUCUACAGUUAUAUAUGUGAUUGGUGUGCCUUUGUUUGUGUUCCUGCCUCUGUUGUUGCGGUAUGUAAGGGCGCAUAAACUUUCUAAAUUAACAAAACAAGAAAAAGAAGCCUUGGACAAGUGGCUGGGAUCGAUCUAUUUGCCAUACAAGGAGAAGUGUCGAUCAUUCUGCGAGGUUUAUGCCUUACUGCGCAAACUCCUAUUGGCUUUUCUGAUUGGCUACAUCCCUGAGGUGAGCUCACUGCAGACUUUCUUCGUGUCAAUGGUAUUGGCAAUCGCUUUGAUAUUUCAUCUUGUUUGGCAGCCCUACCAGAGCUCUCUUGGUUGGCUUCCUAUUGAGAACAUCCUGGAGACUAUCGUACUUGUCGUUUUACAGCAAUCUUUUAUUUUAUUGCGAUUUACAACCGUUGAAAAGCCAUACAAAAAAAAAGUACAUCUUCUGUGGAUUAUUGUAGUAGUCAAUUGCAUGGUGGUGUUGAUUUUAGUGGUGAUCAUUUCAGUKCUACUCGCCAAACACGCUGCAAAAUCGCUUAAAAACCGGUCAAGAAACGAAAGUAGUAGGACAAAUAAGUUUAAGAAUGAUCUUCUGUCGUAUUUUAGAUCAAAAAACAGCCUUUUCAAACCUCUUUUGAUGCGAGAGGAUAAAGAUACUUCUGAAGACGAAUAGAUGCUUCAUUCGUUUCAUGGUUCCGACUUUCCCUUAGUUACCGCUUUGCUAUAUCGGUUCCACAAGUUAAACUGACAAAUUAUCCUAGAAUAUCUUAGAAUUUAAAACCGGCUCUAAUCGAAAGUAAUUGAUUAGACAUCGUCUCAAUAGUUUAUUUGUCUGAGUCGGAACUAUGACUUAUCAAUGAUAACCGGCCCCAGGGUGCGAGGGGGGCAACCACAGCAGAAUUUGACAUUUUGCAUUUGAAAUUUUCAAAAUCCACCCUCAGGAUAUAUGCUUAUUGUAUUUUGCGGCUUGUUCAAGAUGGCGUCCACGCCAAAAUUCCCUACUGCAUUCCCUAAUGUCAAUUUUCCAAGGUUAUCCC